CUCAAUCCUGGAGGCUCCCGGAAAGAGCUCUAACGCCAGGUCCUAAGCGGGCGGGGCCCUCGACAGAGAAACCUCUGCCAGAGAGGAGUGACCCUGGACUCCACGCUGGCGACCAGUGCCUGGGCGCGCAGCCGUAGACCCGCCGCUGCCCAUCCCGCGCAUCCCGGGCGGGGCGCGGCGCAGCUAGCCCGCCUCCCUUCCACCCUCCCGGCGGCCGCCCGCGGCGGCCAUGGGGGCGCGGCUGGGGCGGCGGGCAAGGCCAGAUGCCCCCGAGGCGGCGGGCGCUGGGCCCGCGCCCUACGAGCGCCGGGUGCGCUGGCUGCGAGAGAUCCAGUCCACGCUCCGCGAGCGGCGGCCGGAGCGCGCUAGGCAGCUGCUGCGACUCCUGCGCCAGGACCUGGGCCUUGAAGGGAACCUCCUCACUGACAUCCUCUACAGGAAUGUGACUUUCCUUAACCUGGUGGACCCCAUCUCCCAUGACCUGCUGGUGAACCUGGCCCGGGACCUGCAGUGCCCCAAGAAGGACCAUGAGCUCUGGAAGUCCACGGAUAAGAUCUGCCGGCAGCUCAUCUACCACCUCACUCCUCACUCCAAGCGAAAGCCCCACAGGAAAACCCAGAGCAGCCUCAAGAGCAGCCUCCAGAAGACCCUGCUGGCAGGGGAGACUGUGGACCUCUCUGGCAUCCCGCUCUCAGCCCGAGAUGUGCAGCACAUGAAGCGCUACCUGGGCAGCCACGGCGUUGAGCUGGUGGUUCUGGACCUGAGCUUCACGGAGUUGAGCGAUGAGCUGUUGCACCUGCUGCUGCCCAGCCUCUGGGCUCUGCCCCGCCUCACCCAGCUGCUGCUCAAUGGCAACCGACUGACCAGGGCUGCUGCCCGUGAACUCACCGAGGCCAUCAAGGACACCUCUAAAUUCCCCGUGCUGGCCUGGGUAGAUCUGGGUAACAAUGUGGAUGUGUCCUCCCUUCCCCAGCCCCUGCUAGUUGGCCUGCGACGGCGACUGAGUCAGCACACCUCUCUCCCUACCAUCUACGAGGGCCCAGACCUCGAGCCCGGGGGUGGCAUGGCCGAGACUGCUGCUGCUGUCUCCACCUGGGGCUCUGCGGCCACUGAGCCAGGACCAGAGCCUCAGGGUUGUUGUGCCAGGUGACAUACUGCUGCUCUGGCUCAUUGCUACUGACUGAGGUCUUUUGAGAGCCAGGUAAUUGGAGGCCCACGAUGUCCUACAGAGAGACAGCAAAAAUGCUCAACUUGGGGUGAUGCAGGUGGAAGGAGAAGGGUUUGUGGGAGGCAGGCCGGCCAGCCCAGGCUAGGGGCUCCACCUCACCCGGUAAGAGGGGCCCCUGUGCCCAUAGCCCAGACCUUCCAGGAAAGGAUGGUAUCCCUCACCUCAGGUUUUAGGUUCCACAGACUUCAAACUCAACUGAGCUCCAGGCCUGUUGCAAAGGUAGGAAAAACCCCACCUGCCCAGAGUGGGUGGACCACAGCCAUGCUGGUGUCCCUUAGUGCUCACUCAGCUCCACAGAGACCAAGAUGUAGGGGUCAUGGGUUCAAAGGUGUGGGCUCAGGAGUUAGAGUAGACCUGGCCUCAGAGCAGGGAUUGAGCUCUAUACAUUUGGGAGUUUUGGGAGUCACAGCCAGGCAGAGUUCUGCAUGGAGCCCCCCAAUCAGGGCCCUUCAGUGUGCACUGGGCUGGGACAAAGCUUCGCUCACUAAAGGCAAAGCCACAGUGGAUCUGAGGGACACAGCAUUGCCCAUCUUCCCUAGCUCUAGUCUCCAGGCUUCUGGGAUAAGGGGAGUAAAUAUCUCCUCGCAGGGCGAGGAGAUGCAUCUGGCUGGAGAUGAAGAGCUGCAGUGUUUCCUCUAGUUCAGGGGUUACACACAGCAUAUAAGGGGGCAAGGUGGGCCCAGACAGCAUCAGGAAUUCUCAGGGCAGAACUGACCUAACGGUAUCUCUAUAGGGAGUUACUAUCUUCCUUUCCAAAAUCCCUCAAGAUGGCCUUCCAACUAGAAGCCUAAUGUCUGCUCACCCUUACUACCCCAUUUAGCCCAACUAGUAGACAGGCAGGGCAAGUGAGGAAGAGACUCUGAGAAGCACAAGAUAGGGAAGCCCGUGGCCUAAGGCCUCUGGGUAGAGUCAAGACAUAAGGCCCGGUGACAGUGGAGAGACCCAGUGACAGAGAAAAGCCUCGGAGCCAAGGUAAAGCCGGUGUCACCCUGGACCCGUGUGCCCAUGGCCCACCAGCUCUGACCCCCCAACCUCCCUGUCUGGUUCCAAAUGGGCUAGGCACAGCACAUCCAGACCCCACGAAACUCCAAGUCCAGCACAUCCCUAGUCCAGGGUGGCCAAGAAGGGAGAGGGCUGGAUUACCUCAGGUCCCAGGCCUGGGAAAGAGGGCAGGUGAGGAAAAGGAAUUCACCUUACUCUCCAUCGCCUUAGAGAACUGCUUAUCAAGAGCUCAGGGCCUCUGGCUCGGCUCUCCGCUUCCUGGGGGACCUGGUCGGGUCCUCUAUCUCUUUGGGUCUGGGACCCAGCUCCUCCUACUUGUUAAACAGAACUCGCUGUCUUGGCUCCUGACACCCAGUGCUUCAUCUUGAAUUACUACCUGGCCCCCUCCCCCUUGUUUUAGAGACUUGGCUUGGAAGUUGUGGGACUUUCUCUUUGCCUUAACCACUCAUGACAAGGGUUGGGGCUUUCUGGAACGAGGCAAAUCAGGCUGGAGCAUGGGUCAGCAGAGGGAAAGAGGGGAGGACCAGCUUUGGGCCCAGCAGACUGAUAACCCCAUCACAUGCUCAGGCGGCUGAGUUCUCCCUGUAACUCCUUGCCGUAAAAGCAGAGCUCUGAGCCUCUCCUGCCCUCCUUCCUCUGCCCACAGCUGGCCUGAAGCUAGCCCACAAACCUUUAGAUAUCACUGCGCAGCAGGGCUCCUCCUGGGAUGGUGUGUGAGAACCAGACCCAUGUGUCUCCCCGAAGCUUCCAGGCAAAUCCAGAUGGCAGCAGAUGGCUUCGAUUUCUCCACCUUUAGGAGGCAAGUGACGCAACAGCCGAGCUAGAUCCUGAGACGGCUUUAGGAGAUGUGGGCAAAGUUGGCUUUGCUGCUAUGCAAGUGGUCCUGGCCCUUCACAGAAUUCUUAUGACCUCCAGGAGGGAGAUUCCACGAGCAGGGACAGAGAUUUCCAGAAGUGAAGGCUGUGCCUUGUCUGUGUGCUACUGUACCAGAACACCACAUCCUGGUCAGUUAUAAACAACACAAGUUCACUUAGCUCAUGGUUCCGAAGGCUGGAAAGUCAGACAGAAGAGGUGCAUCUGGCGAGGGCUUUCUUGCUGUGUCAUUGUCUUCAUCACGUGGCUAGAGAGCAUGAAAGGGGCAACAAGGAUUUCCAUGCAAGAGGGAAGAGCCCCGCUAACCUAAUCACUCUUUAAAUCAUUCGUCUGGCCUGCUGGGUUUUCAGUGCGUGCAUUCUGAGGGAGCUAUUCAAGCCUGCAGUGCUUCACUCAGCUCGGUGGCUAAGAGAGCACUGACCAGGAGAGAAAGAAGCAUGUAGGACCUUGCUCACGUGCCAACCUAGAGGCAUACAACCUGGGUCCAGACCCCUCACUUCCUAGCAGCAUGGUCCAUUAGGGAAUUAGGUACAAAAAUCCCCCUUGUUCUCAUGAGAUGAGAAGGAAAUGAGGUUUGAAAAGGACCUGUCACAUGAGGCCAGCAUGCCAGUGUCAGUGAGACCUUCACCCAGGCUCUCUGUGUGGUGAAGUCUGGCAAGAGGUAGGCUGAAAUGCCUAUCUAUCUAUCUAUCUAUCUAUCUAUCUAUCUAUCUAUCUAUCUAUCUAUCAUCUAUCUUAGCACUAAGAAUUGGACACUGGGCCUGAAGCAUACUAGGCAAGUAUUUUAUUCACAGCACUGCAUCCCAGCUCUCCAUGUUCUAUUCAUUCAUUCAUUCAUUCACUCAUUCAUUCAUUCAUUUUAUUACUUAUUUAGCUACAUUCUUAGAUGGAGCCUGCCCUGGGCUUGACUUUUCAAUCACCCUGCUUCUGCCUUCUGAGUGCUGGAAUGACAGGCCUGUGUCACUGUGUCCAGCACAAUCUUGCUGAGAAUCCAGAAUCAUGGGCAACUGGUUCCUGAAGCAUCACAGCUUCUUCUGGGUGGAAAGGAAAGCACACCUGUCCUGGGAGAUUGUUGCCAGCUGUCACCACUCCCGUCAUCUCCACUAACAAAAACCUUCAGUAUUUUCUUCCCAACUGCAUACUUUUUGUUUUUUAAAACAGUAAAUUAUUAAAAAACAAAACAAAACAAAAACAAAAACAAAACAAAACCGAGUUGUUCUGAGCUGGGUGUGGUGGCACAUGCCCGUAGGCCAGCUGUCACGACGUAGUAAGCGUCUAUAAAAAUUGCAACAUAAUAAAGCAAACACACUGUGACAAACUUUAAGUGUGCAGCAUAGUUUUAUCAGAUUUACACAUUCAUAAAAACCACAGUAGUAAAUGUGUCUGUCAGCCCCAAGCUUGCUGUGUUCUCUGCUGACCCCUCCCCUCCACCCCCAGAAACCACGGGUCUGUGUUCUGCUCCCAUAGAUCAAUUUACAUUUGCUAGAUUUAGACCAGUCCGUGGGAUCAUACAAAUGUACCAUUUUAUAUAGUUUUUAAAAAAUAAAAAGACAGCAUAAUUAUUUUGAGA